AUGACGCUAGAGAUUAAGUCUGUCACUAUUCUGGAGUACUUGUUAAAGCACAGAUUCUCCAGGAUCUCUUCUCUUCUGAUGUCGAGACUCAAAGUUACAUCAUUAUGUCCAGGCUCAAGGUUACAUCGUUAUGUCCAGGCUCAAGGUUACAUCGUUGACAGGAAGUUUUCCCCCCUUGAUCUCACUUCCUAUUUCCGGUUUGAGUAUCUCUUCAUAGAUGUUGUUGUUUGUUUAGUCAUACCAGAACAGAUUGAAGAGUUACACAAUAAACAUCUUAAGUUGCUGAAAACGUUUCAGUUACAUUCAUUACCCAAGGAACUCAUGGGUCAAGUCACCAGGACACAUCUUCAGUUACAUUCAUUAACCCAGGAACUCAUGGGUCAAGUCACCAGGACACAUCUUCAGUUACAUUCAUUAACCAAGGAACUCAUGGGUCACCAGGACACAUCUUCAGUUACAUUCAUUAACCAAGGAACUCAUGGAUCAAGUCACCAGGACACAUCUUCAGUUACAUUCAUUAACCAAGGAACUCAUGGGUCAGGUCACCAGGACACAUCUUCAGUUACAUUCAUUAACCAAGGAACUCAUGGAUCAAGUCACCAGGACACAUCUUCAGUUACAUUCAUUAACCAAGGAACUCAUGGGUCAAGUCACCAGGACACAUCUUCAGUUACAUUCAUUAACCAAGGAACUCAUGGGUCAAGUCACCAGGACACAUCUUCAGUUACAUUCAUUAACCAAGGAACUCAUGGGUCAAGUCACCAGGACACAUCUUCAGUUACAUUCAGUAACCAAGGAACUCAUGGGUCAAGUCACCAGGACACAUCUUCAGUUACAUUCAUUAACCCAGGAACUCAUGGGUCAAGUCACCAGGACACAUCUUCAGUUACAUUCAUUAACCAAGGAACUCAUGGGUCAAGUCACCAGGACACAUCUUCAGUUACAUUCAUUAACCAAGGAACUCAUGGGUCAAGUCACCAGGACACAUCUUCAGUUACAUUCAUUAACCAAGGAACUCAUGGGUCAAGUCACCAGGACACAUCUUCAGUUACAUUCAUUAACCCAGGAACUCAUGGGUCAAGUCACCAGGACACAUCUUCAGUUACAUUCAUUAACCAAGGAACUCAUGGGUCAAGUCACCAGGACACAUCUUCAGUUACAUUCAUUAACCAAGGAACUCAUGGGUCAAGUCACCAGGACACAUCUUCAAUUACAUUCAUUAACCAAGGAACUCAUGGGUCAAGUCACCAGGACACAUCUUCAGUUACAUUCAUUAACCAAGGAACUCAUGGGUCAAGUCACCAGGACACAUCUUCAGUUACAUUCAUUAACCAAGGAACUCAUGGGUCAAGUCACCAGGACACAUCUUCAGUUACAUUCAUUAACCAAGGAACUUAUGGGUCAAGUCACCAGGACACACCUUCAGUUACAUUCAUUAACCAAGGAACUCAUGGGUCAAGUCACCAGGACACAUCUUCAGUUACAUUCAGUAACCAAGGAACUCAUGGGUCAAGUCACCAGGACAAAUCUUCAAUUACAUUCAUUAACCCAGGAACUCAUGGGUCAAGUCACCAGGACACAUCUUCAGUUACAUUCAUUAACCAAGGAACUCAUGGGUCAAGUCACCAGGACACAUCUUCAGUUACAUUCAUUAACCCAGGAACUCAUGGGUCAAGUCACCAGGACACAUCUUCAGUUACAUUCAUUAACCAAGGAACUCAUGGGUCAAGUCACCAGGACACAUCUUCAGUUACAUUCAGUAACCAAGGAACUCAUGGGUCAAGUCACCAGGACACAUCUUCAGUUACAUUCAUUAACCAAGGAACUCAUGGGUCAAGUCACCAGGACACAUCUUCAGUUACAUUCAUUAACAAAGGAACUCAUGGGUCAAGUCACCAGGACACAUCUUCAGUUACAUUCAGUAACCAAGGAACUCAUGGGUCAAGUCACCAGGACACAUCUUCAGUUACAUUCAGUAACCAAGGAACUCAUGGGUCAAGUCACCAGGACACAUCUUCAAUUACAUUCAUUAACCCAGGAACUCAUGGGUCAAGUCACCAGGACACAUCUUCAGUUACAUUCAUUAACCAAGGAACUCAUGGGUCAAGUCACCAGGACACAUCUUCAGUUACAUUCAUUAACCAAGGAACUCAUGGGUCAAGUCACCAGGACACAUCUUCAGUUACAUUCAGUAACCAAAGAACUCAUGGGUCAAGUCACCAGGACACACCUUCAAUUACAUUCAUUAACCCAGGAACUCAUGGGUCAAGUCACCAGGACACAUCUUCAGUUACAUUCAUUAACCAAGGAACUCAUGGGUCAAGUCACCAGGACACAUCUUCAGUUACAUUCAUUAACCAAGGAACUCAUGGGUCAAGUCACAAGGACACAUCUUCAGUUACAUUCAUUAACCAAGGAACUCAUGGGUCAAGUCACCAGGACACAUCUUCAGUUACAUUCAUUAACCAAGGAACUCAUGGGUCAAGUCACAAGGACACAUCUUCAGUUACAUUCAUUAACCAAGGAACUCAUGGGUCAAGUCACCAGGACACAUCUUCAGUUACAUUCAUUAACCAAGGAACUCAUGGGUCAAGUCACCAGGACACAUCUUCAGUUACAUUCAUUAACCAAGGAACUCAUGGGUCAAGUCACCAGGACACAUCUUCAGUUACAUUCAGUAACCAAGGAACUCAUGGGUCAAGUCACCAGGACACAUCUUCAGUUACAUUCAGUAACCAAGGAACUCAUGGGUCAAGUCACCAGGACACAUCUUCAGUUACAUUCAUUAACCAAGGAACUCAUGGGUCAAGUCACCAGGACACAUCUUCAGUUACAUUCAGUAACCAAGGAACUCAUGGGUCAAGUCACCAGGACACAUCUUCAGUUACAUUCAGUAACCAAGGAGUUCAUGGGUCAAGUCACCAGGACACACCUUCAGUUACAUUCAUUAACCAAGGAACUCAUGGAUCAAGUCACCAGGACACAUCUUCAGUUACAUUCAGUAACCAAGGAACUCAUGGGUCAAGUCACCAGGACACAUCUUCAGUUACAUUCAUUAACCAAGGAACUCAUGGGUCAAGUCACCAGGACACAUCUUCAAUUACAUUCAUUAACCAAGGAACUCAUUGGUCAAGUCACCAGGACACAUCUUCAGUUACAUUCAUUAACCAAGGAACUCAUGGGUCAAGUCACCAGGACACAUCUUCAGUUACAUUCAGUAACCAAGGAACUCAUGGGUCAAGUCACCAGGACACAUCUUCAGUUACAUUCAGUAACCAAGGAACUCAUGGGUCAAGUCACCAGGACACAUCUUCAGUUACAUUCAUUAACCAAGGAACUCAUGGGUCAAGUCACCAGGACACAUCUUCAGUUACAUUCAUUAACCAAGGAACUCAUGGGUCAAGUCACCAGGGUACAUCUUCAGUUACAUUCAUUAACCAAGGAACUCAUGGGUCAAGUCACCAGGACACAUCUUCAAUUACAUUCAGUAACCAAGGAACUCAUGGGUCAAGUCACCAGGGUACAUCUUCAGUUACAUUCAUUAACCAAGGAACUCAUGGGUCAAGUCACCAGGACACAUCUUCAGUUACAUUCAUUAACCCAGGAACUCAUGGAUCAAGUCACCAUGACACACCUUCAGUUACAUUCAUUAAUUAA